AUGGGGAUCCAUCUGUUAACCCGCAGUAUCGAGCAGCGAGUCGAAGUGGCAGACCAAAACCCCCAGCAACUUCCACCAUCCACCCCAUCCGCCUCCGACCAUCCAUCCACGCCGCAACCCCCUCGACCUCCUUCCAACACAGUCUUCUCAGCCCCCGCAGCGACUAUACCUUCUGCGAACUUAGCAAACCACGACCCGUCGCCUACCUCAGAUAUCGUACCCGGUGUUGAGGAACGCCAAUUUAUCCAUUAUUCUGUGCCGCGCCAGAUUUUAGGGAGAAGACAACGAUCUCCAGACGACGAUAACGACGUCGCCGGCUUGCAGUCAGAGCUCCCGGAAGCUCUUGCUUCCCAUAUUAUCCCCAACGAGAGUCCUAGGAGGAAACGUAGGCGUGCCAAUAGUACCAUGUUAACGGAUACGGACAGACCGGCAGCUUCUAAUGGCACUUCUAGGCCUUAUGCCAAUGGGAAGUCGCUUCGGGGGUCAUCAAGUUCUACAAAUGGGACCAGUAAGGUAGCCUCGGCAGUUAAUGGAUCAUCUAAAGUGCGACCGUCGGAGACAUAUUUCGGCCAUGAUCGCGAAGAAGUCACAAGAUUAUUAUUACAAGCACUCACAGAUAUGGGUUACCAUUCUGCAGCACAGAGUGUGAGCCAGGAGAGCGGCUUUGAGCUGGAAAACCCGAUGGUUGCUGCAUUUAGGAAUGCCGUGCUCGGGGGGAGCUGGAAUGAAGCAGAGCAGCUACUUUCUGGAGCAAUAGUAUCCGGCGGCCGGACUGGUGAGAAUGGUAAUGGGUUGGUGUUGGCGAAUGGCGCCGAUAGACGGAUGAUGAGAUUCUGGAUACGACAGCAAAAAUUCUUGGAACUCUUAGAGAACAGAGAAACUGGCCGCGCCCUAAUGGUACUCAGAAACGAACUCACACCGUUAUAUCAAGAUACCCAGAAACUUCAUUUCUUAUCUAGUCUACUCAUGUGUCAGAAAACGGAAGACUUGAAGUUUAAAGCUGAGUGGGAUGGCGCAUAUGGAGAAUCUCGACGUGUUCUCCUAUCCCAAUUAUCAAGAUGCAUCUCGCCGUCGGUCAUGCUUCCUGAGCAUCGCCUAGCCAUACUUUUAAACCAAGUUAAGUCAAAUCAAAUCGGAAGUUGUCUCUGGCAUUCCAGCGCCGCUUCACCGUCGUUAUACUCAGAUCACGUGUGUGAUCGAAGACGAUUCCCAGCGGAAAACGUUUUAGAAUUAGACGAGCAUGAGGAUCAGGUCUGGCAGAUCAAAUUUUCACAUGAUGGAACAAAAUUAGCCAGUUGUGGUAAGGGCAAGGUGGUUAUUAUUUGGGAUGUUCCUUCCUUCCGACCACUUCAUUACCUCAGGGAUCACGAUGACGGGGUCGGUAAUGUCUCCUGGAGUUGGGAUGAUUCUAUGCUGGUUACAUGCAGCCAGGAUCGCCAUGCGAGAUUAUGGGAUGUUAAUACUGGUACUUGUCUCAAAACGUUUGAACGAUUUCAAGAGCCGGUCACUAGCUGCGUAUGGGCAACAGAUAGCAAAACCUUCAUUACGGGUGCUCUUGAUAAAACUCACGGUCUUAUUCAAUGGAGCAUUUCCGGAGAUAAGGUGUACGACUGGAACUGUCUUCACAGAGUUGAGGACUUAGCUAUCUCGCCAGAUGGUCACUGGCUCGUGGCAUCAGAUGGUGGAACUCAUAUUCACGUUUACAAUUUCAUUACGCAUCGAUUAGAAUACGAGAUGGAUUUACAGGCCAGAUUGACUUCGAUCAGCAUCAGCAAUAACUCUCGACAUCUCCUAGUGAACCACAAUAAUGGUGUUGCGGUUCUUAUUGAUCUUAUUCUCCGCGAGCCGGUUCAAAAGUAUGCCGGCUUUACCGGUGGGAAAUUUAUGAUCAGGAGUGUAUUUGGAGGAGCUGAUGAAAGCUUCGUAAUUAGUGGGAGCGAAGACGGAUCGAUUAACGUCUGGCAUAAGGCUAGUGCCCAGCUAGUCGAGAAGCUUCCUGGACACACUCCUGGAUGCAAUUCGGUCUCGUGGAACCCAGCUAAUCCAUGCUUGUUUGCGUCGUGUGGGGACGACGGCAAAAUCAAGAUAUGGUCUAACAACGAGUGGCGCCAUGCUCAUCGCGAGAUGACCGAAUCGUUGGCUACACUAGGGGGUAUUUCAGAUCCCGCUCUGAUCAAACUCGUCAACAGACUGCAAGAUGUUUUUUCUACCGUCGGUGUCAAUAAUCCUAUCGAUCUACCGCAAAUAGUCGUCGUCGGAAGUCAAUCUAGCGGUAAAAGUUCCGUGCUUGAGAACAUCGUUGGUCGAGACUUCUUACCUCGAGGUUCCGGUAUCGUAACAAGACGACCUCUCAUUCUACAACUUAUUAACCGACCUCCUGUCGCCCAAACGAACGGAGUUAACGACGACGUCACUAACUCUACGGAUAAGGCAGCCAACGCAGAUGAGUGGGGCGAGUUCUUGCACAUUCCUGGACAGAAGUUCUACGACUUUAACAAGAUUCGGGAUGAGAUCAGCAGGGAGACGGAGGCCAAAGUCGGCCGCAACGCUGGAAUUUCGCCCGCGCCGAUCAACCUAAGAGUCUAUUCUCCCAACGUCUUGACCCUAACGUUGGUCGAUUUGCCCGGUCUUACAAAGGUUCCCGUAGGAGAUCAACCAAGAGAUAUCGAGCGGCAGAUUAAAGAUAUGGUUCUGAAGUACAUCCAAAAGUCGAAUGCUAUCAUCUUGGCUGUUACUUCUGCCAACAUCGAUUUAGCUAAUUCGGACGGUCUUCAACUUGCCAGGGAAGUAGAUCCCGAAGGACAGAGGACAAUCGGUGUCUUGACGAAGGUGGAUCUGAUGGACGAGGGUACGGACGUUGUUGAUAUUCUUGCUGGACGCAUUAUUCCGCUACGACUUGGAUAUGUGCCUGUCGUGAACAGAGGUCAACGGGAUAUUGAUAACAAGAAGCCCAUUUCGGCAUCCCUCGAAACGGAGAAGAACUUCUUCGACAACCACAAGGCUUAUCGGAACAAGAGCUCAUACUGCGGUACCCCGUAUCUAGCGAGAAAGCUCAACUUGAUUUUGAUGAUGCACAUUAAACAAACUCUACCUGAUAUAAAGGCAAGAAUUGCUAGCUCACUACAAAAGUACACUGCCGAGCUCGAAAGUCUAGGCCCGUCGAUGCUAGGCAACAGCGCGAAUAUUGUUCUUAACAUCAUUACCGAAUUUACGAAUCAAUGGCGGACUGUUUUGGAAGGUAACAAUGGCGAGCUGUCCAGCACAGAACUCUCUGGUGGUGCCAGAAUCAGCUUCGUAUUCCACGAAUUAUACUCCAAUGGUGUCAAGGCGGUCGAUCCUUUUGAUGUUGUGAAAGAUGUCGAUAUCAGGACGAUACUAUAUAACUCAUCUGGUUCUUCCCCGGCGCUCUUCGUUGGAACAACCGCUUUCGAAGUGAUCGUUAAGCAGCAGAUCAAGCGACUCGAGGAGCCCAGUCUCAAAUGUGUCUCGCUCGUUUAUGACGAGCUCGUGCGCAUCCUGUCACAACUCCUUACUAAAGCACUAUACAGGAGAUACCCGCAGCUGAAGGAGAAGUUCCACGGCGUCGUUAUCAGUUUCUUCAAGAAGGCCAUGGAGCCCACCAAUAAGCUUGUAAGGGACCUCGUAGCUAUGGAGUCAUGCUAUAUCAACACAGCUCAUCCCGACUUCCUUAACGGCCACCGAGCAAUGGCCAUCGUAAACGAGCGGUAUAACGGCGCAAAACCUGUUCAGGUCGAUCCCAAGACCGGGAAGCCUCUACCAGCAUCAGCUACGCCGGGACGUGCUGCUAGUCCCUCAAUAGACAACCUGGAUAACAAUUCGGGCUUCUUCGGCAGUUUCUUCGCUGCCAAGAACAAGAAGAAGGCCGCCGCUAUGGAGGCUCCUCCUCCGACACUAAAGGCUUCUGGAACUCUUUCCGAGAGAGAGAACAUCGAAGUUGAAGUUAUCAAAUUGCUAAUUGCUUCGUAUUUCAACAUUGUCAAGAGAACAAUGGUCGACAUGGUUCCCAAGGCUAUCAUGUUGAACCUUGUCUCGUAUACUAAGGAGGAAAUGCAACGAGAACUCUUGGAGAACAUGUACCGAAAUGAUACCCUGGAUGAUCUGCUAAAGGAGAGUGAUUACACCAUCCGUCGGCGGAAGGAGUGCCAGCAGAUGGUCGAGUCCCUUGGCAAGGCCAGUGAGAUCGUGAGCCAAGUUCAGUAA